CAAGGGAUCAUUUCAGCUGUGGAACGUGAGACGCUGCCCAUCUGGGAACCCCUAAUGUAAGCCCCCUCGACCAAUCAGCACGACUUCAUGUUUUGGUGCUAGGCAAGGCAUGGCUGGCGUGUUGAGGGCCGCAGUAGGACUGUGGCUUCUGGGGCCUUGCAGAGCCGAGUUACAAUGCCGGUCCUAUAACCCGACGGACUUGCCCCAGUUUGCGUUCUACAAUUUGUCUGACCGUGCCACCGGCUUCAUGGCGGGAAUGGUUAAUGGCUUCCUCGGUGUGAUCCAGCCCAAUCCCUUUCCUAAAGAUCUGAUCAAGAAAGCAAUACUGCCUGGGGCGUUAACGGAUGACACUUUUAUUAAACAAGUGUUGUCCUACGAGGUGGGCUUCGUGUUGUGUGCAACCAUCGGCAUCCUCUACAUCCUUCUGACGCCUUUGGUGGGCGCUGUGAUGGCCUGCUGCCGCUGCUGUGGCAACUGUGGUGGCGGAAUGUACCAGAAGCAGACGACGACCAUUCACUUGAACCGCAGAACCUUGUACUGGAGCGCUGUUGUCACUACGCUUAUCAUCUUAGCUGGGAACAUCUGCAUGUUCAGAAGUAACAUAGCGUUCAAAGAGAGCCUGGACCACAGCCGAGAUCAACUCGAUAAAACCUUGGACAACAUCAACACGUUUGUCACGACACUGCCGCUGCAAGUCGAUCAUGUAGUGAACCAGAGCCUUUUGUUUGUGGACACAAUCAAAACAAGCAUACAGGCUCUGGAAAAUCUGACGUUGCUUUGGAAUGAGCUGAGUGUUAAAAUGGGAGCUGCGGCGACCAAUUUGACGAAUCUUAAGACCAGCAUAGGUAGUAUCCUGGAUAAUGAACUUUGCAAUUGCCAAGAAAUGAAGACAAGUCUAGAUGCAAUUCAACUGGACGACCAACUCUUUAAAGACGAAUCGGUGAAUAAAUUGGAAGAAUCAUUGACUCGGGUUGAUUUUGCCGCUAAGCAGUUCGGGGACAUCCAGAAUGACCUGACGCGCGUGAUCAGCAAUUUGGACACCACACAACUGGAUGUAAUCAAACAGAGCAUCUCCAGUAAGGUCAAAAGCAUCCCUUUAAACGAGAACCUGUUCUUGGGCCCUGUGAAUAAGCUACGCAAAGACAUCCGCCAGUUUGACCCGCAAGUGGAACGAGCGGAGGGUAUCAGGUGGCGCGUGUGCAUCGUCUUGUGUUGCCUGGUCCUGCUGGUGGUUCUGUGUAACCUCUUGGGUCUCGUCUUGGGUCCCCUCGGUCUCAAACAGGCUGAAGAUCCCACAGCGCGCUCCUGCUUAGCCAAUUGUGGUGGAAUAAUCCUCAUGAUUGGAGCGAGUGUGAGCUUCCUGUUCUCGUGGCUGCUCAUGUUGGUUGUGACGCUGCUCUUUUUGGCCGGCGGCAACGUUCACACACUGGUGUGUCAGCCUUGGAGAACCGGAGAACUGCUCGAGUUUGCUCCAACUGUGUUCCCAUCCUUGGAUUUGGGCCAUGUCUUAAAUAAGAAAAGCAACAUCACACUCUCUGAUGUAUACAGAGACUGCAGGGACAACAAGCCUCUGUGGUCCAUACUCCACUUAAAUGAGAAAUAUGAUAUUGACAGCUACCUCGACAUAUCCAAAGACAUUGCCUUUGACAAUAUCACCGUGGAUAUUCCUAAAACCAGCAUCUUCAACACAGACAUCAGUGAUUAUUUGAAUACUUCACAAUUGAGCAGUGGCACUAUUUCCAAACAGAUUGUCGAGUUAAUACAGAAGCUGGAGGCAGCAGCUGUCAUGCUCGAAGACAAGGCCAAUGUGCUAACAGUUGCACCGGUAUCGCCCCAAAGUGCAGAAAUUGCAGUUCGGCUCCAAGACACAGCCACAACCCUGAGGCAAAUUCAGACGGAUGUAGAGAAGAACAUCCUACCAACAAUUGAUAAGAUUGACCCAGCCAAGAAAGAAGUAAUGGAUGCUGUGCAAGAGCUGCAGAAUCUCGAAAAAAGACUCCACGAUAUCGACAUCAACAGUGUGAUUAAGAAGUUUAUGGACUGCCAGCUGACAAACAUCGAUGAAUUUUCUAUGUGGGCCAAAGAUACGCUUACCGACAAGUUGGGGCGCUGCGGUCGUGUGGCUGAGGUUGUGGACUCGGCUGAGAGCAUCCUGUGUUCGCGCCUUGUGCCUUCUCUGAAUGCCUUCUGGUUCAGUCUCGGCUGGUGCAUGAUCUUCUUUAUCCCCAGCAUCGUAUUCUCCGUGAAACUAGCAAAGCACUACAGGAGAAUGAAGUAUUCUGAUGAGUGAAUAUAUUUACACCUGUGUCCGAGAGGAUGGACUCACUCUGAAGGCACAAAAAUGAAUUUUUGAAAAGAAAAAUGGAAUUUUACAAAACACCCCGGCACAGAUGUUAAACUUUCCAUUGAUUUUUUUUUUUUUUUUUUUUUAAGUCUAGGCAAAAUAACCUUAAAGGUCUACCGACAUUCCUAUAUACAUUGUAAAAUUGAUAUUGUUAUGAAAAUUACAUAUAAUAUUAGCAACUUCAAUGUCUAUAGGAAAAACAAAAUGAGGGUGUCAUCCAUGCACAAAUUUGCAGAACUCUCACCCGACA